UCUUCAACACCAACCAGCCCAAGAACUCACUCGUCUUAUCAAGCAGGAUCCGGCCGACGUGGAUGAAAGGUUACACAUCAAUGUUAAGAAGCAUGUCUCCUCGCCUUCAAUUCAGUCCUGCGAUCUCGCGCACCUCAAAUCAAUUGCUCAGACAAAGGACCUGUCAGCAACAGUCGCGUCAAAUUCGGUUACUCUCAUACUCAAGGGUAUAUUCAAACAGCGGCAAAGCUUCACAUCUCUCCCAAUCCGGACUUUGGCGUUCCUCGCAAUGCUUAAGGCGAAAUAUUUUGCGACCAAUUCCAUCGCAAUUAAAUAGUUGCCAGCUACGCUUCUACGCUGAUACCAUCGUUAAAGUCCCUCAGAUGGCGGAAUCAAUUUCAGAUGGGACCCUGAAACAAUUUUCAAAGCAGAUCGGGGACUUCGUAGAGCGGGAUGAAGAGCUCGCCACGAUCGAAACUGACAAGAUCGAUGUUACCGUGAAUGCACCGGAAUCCGGGAUAAUCAAAGAAUUUCUAGCAAAGGAAGAAGACACCGUAACUGUUGGUCAAGACCUCGUCAAACUACAACCGUCGACAGAAAAUCCGAGCUCCGGAAAGGACAAACUUCAGGAAAACACGCAAUCCGCGGAGCUCAAAGUGCGAGAGGAACAACCUCAGGAGCAACCGAACAGAAGAGAGAGGGGAGAGUCGGCCCAGGUUACCCAGCAACAGCCCAGUCCAAAGGAGGAGAAGCCCGCUCCUAAAGUAGAACGAGAGUCUCCAAAAGAAUCCCAGCUAAUGGCUAAUGCCGCCCAUGGGAGCGUUGGCAACAGAGACGAGCGCAGAGUAAAAAUGAACCGCAUGCGACUACGAAUUGCCGAGCGUCUCAAGCAAUCCCAAAACACUGCAGCAUCUCUAACAACCUUCAACGAAGUUGAUAUGUCAUCGCUUAUGGAAUUCCGCAAGUUAUAUAAAGAGGACAUCCUGAAGAAAACCGGUAUCAAGCUUGGAUUCAUGAGUGCGUUCGCGCGCGCGUGUGUAUUGGCCAUGAAGGAAGUACCGGCUGUGAAUGCCUCCAUUGAGGGACCAAAUGGGGGAGACACAAUUGUAUACCGAGACUAUGUUGACAUUAGCGUUGCGGUUGCAACUGAGAAAGGCCUGGUAACCCCCGUUGUGCGAAAUGUCGAAAACAUGGACCUUACUACGAUCGAGAAGGCCAUCGCUGAUCUAGGGCAGAAGGCUCGAGACAAUAAAUUGACCAUCGAGGACAUGGCUGGCGGCACCUUCACUAUUAGCAAUGGAGGUGUUUUUGGCUCAUUAAUGGGCACUCCUAUCAUCAAUCUUCCGCAAACAGGAGUUCUUGGUCUUCACGCAAUAAAGAAUAGGCCUGUGGCAGUCAAUGGGAAAGUUGAAAUCAGACCUAUGAUGUAUCUUGCCUUGACUUAUGAUCACCGCCUCCUCGACGGCAGAGAAGCUGUCACAUUUUUAGUUCGAGUCAAGGAGUUCAUUGAAGAUCCAAGGCGCAUGUUACUGGGGUAAGUCCAGUAGUUGACUUCUUGAUGUUAUAGGUAUAUUCAUCUGUAGUAUUGAAUUAGAGGCGAAGAAUGAAUAUUUUGAAAUUCAGCA